AUGUCCAUACUCUGCAAAGACCACAGCCACCCCGCCAUGAGGCUCCAAGAUCGGAAUCCAGGUCUGCUCAUUCCUCAUGUGGUGUUGCUUCCCCAAGGCAUCCACAGAGUAGCCACGGAGAGCAAGGCGGGGUCACUUGAAGGAGUCAUUUAUCUCCAAGUCCUUCUUCACGCAGAAAAAUCUGCCUCUGAGUAUUGGGUGUAUAGAGGAGCCUCUGCGAUUUGUUUAUGCUUUGAAUUGCAUAUUGUAAGUUCCAGCUCCAGGAAACAAUGCCACAAGGAAGUAAUCAAACCUCUUAAGUUCCCACCUGGAGACAGCGAACACAGGGAAAGGAUCCUCGAGAGUAAUGUUACCCUCCAAACAACUGGCUGCCGAGCGCACACAAAUAUCUGGUUUCCAUCACUUGCAGAGGUGCGUGAGGACCAUCCCAGCCCCGCUCUUGCCGCGGGUGCCUCUGAGAGGUCUGCCCCAGAUGCCUGCCUCAUGCUCACUUUACUGCAAACACUUGCCUUGGUCCUGUGCUGCGUGGGGUCAUGCUGGUUUCUGCAGAGAACUAGGAAGAUGAACAGGGGCUGUUCCAUGGGGCUGAACUGUGGCUCAAGGGCAGGCUGGGGACCAGAGGCCAUGCCAGUGGUCCUGCUGACCUCAUUUCUACAGGCCUGCCUGACCCCAUGCCUCCGUGCAUCCAGCAUCAACCUCCCAGCUCUCUCCAGCCCCAGAUGAGCUUGUGGGGACCCCAAGUUCAUCAUUCUCAAUUGGUCCCCCAUACAUGUACACGUAUACACGUGCAAGUAUCCACUGGAAUUUAAAAUUUUAAUAGUAGUAACUUCUGAAUGGCAAGAUUGGGGUGCUUCAAUGUUUUAAAUGUUUUUCUUGCUUACUUGUGUUUUUAAA